AUGCCACGACCUGAGCUUGAGCAGAAGCCCUACUUCCUGUACUCCAACUCUCUCGGCCAUCUUGAAGGCCUGACCUUCACCGACGCAUCAACGUCUCAAACUGCGCUCACCUUUUUCGGCGGCAUUCCAUACGCCUUGCCACCCGUGGCACAAUAUCGCUUCCGAGCACCGCGAAGACUUCCUGGAGACUUUCGCUAUGGCACCAAAGCGAGUCCCGGGAGGUACAAUCGCGUUGCAGGUGUUUGUCCGCAGCCCGGCUGGCUAGGUCCACCUGAUGAGAAGUUGUGGGAUGAGAAUUGUUUGUUUCUGAAUGUGUAUAUUCCCAGCGGAGAGGCGCCUAGUGGGGGUUGGCCGGUUUUCUUCUACAUUCACGGCGGAUUUCUACAAUGGGGAGCACCGAACUUCGACCCGGUCAAGAUGGCUCCGUUACUGAACUCCGCGUUCAAAGCCAUCAUCGUGGCACCGGCCUAUAGGCUGAAUGCUUUCGGCUUCAUAUCGAGCAAAGAGCUCGAAUUGGAAGCUCAGGAGAACGGAGAGCCUGUUGGUAAUCAGGGAUUCUGGGAUCAAAGACUUGCUCUAGAGUGGGUGGCAGAGCACAUUUCCGAGUUUGGCGGGAACCCAGAUGAGAUCACUGUGGGUGGGUAUAGCGCUGGGUCUCACAGCACGUUUCAACAACUCGCCCAUGAGUUAUACUUCGUUCCCGACCACAAAGCUAUUAUCAAGCGGGCGAUCAUGUGGUCGAAUUCACCUGGAGUCCAGCCUCGAACUACAGCGCAGCACCAAGCGCAGUUCGACGAAUUGUUGACCACUCUCGACAUUCCACUGGCUCUCCUUCCUCACGAAAAGCUUCAACGCCUCCGAGCUCUCCCACCUAGGGACAUAAUUGCCGCCCAAGACUCUCUUCAGAUCAGUGAAUUCAGAGCCUGUUCAGACGGUACCUUCAUAUCUAAGUCCCUGGUCCACUCCAUCAAUACCGGAGACUUCGCCCGCCGCAUGAAGCGACGGGGAAUCAAGUUGUUAAACGGCGAAUGUCGAGACGAGCAUGCCCUGUACGCUGCUUGGAGACCUCCGGUCACCUCGACGUAUGACGCUGUCAAGCUUAGACUGUGUGCGGACUACCCGCCGGAGGUGGUGAGCAAAUUGAUGUCGUUUUACUGCGGAGACAAAAGGUCCCUUCCUCACGAAGCGGGAGAUUGGCAGGAUGCCUUUGGAAAACUAUAUGCCAACAUGCAGGUACAUUCUCUGGAACGAGGCUUUCAUGAGGCAUUGGACAGAGGAGGACUGAGAUAUGGAGAGGAUGUGUUUCGAUAUCGAUUUGAUUGGAGGACGAGUGGAUGUAAUCUACCUACGGACUGGGGAGUGACACACUCAUCAGAUAUGGAAAUCUGGCUCUGGGGCAUCGACUCAAAAGAUGGACUGACAAAGGAGGAAAAGAUGCUCCUGAGGCCAUGGAACGAGGCUUUUGCGAAGUUUGUGAAGGGAGAGAAGAUGCCUGAUCUGUGGAGGACGAAAGAUGUGAAGCAGAUGGUGAGGCUGAAUGAGGAUGGAGAGACUGACGUCUGGGUUGACGAUCGGUGGAUAGAAGGAGUGCAGUGUUGGCAGGCGGUCAAUGCAUCCAAGGGAGGUUUCUUGUAUUGGGUUCGGUCGAGGCUCUAG